AUGUCGACCGUUCCUAAGGCUGUCAGCCAGGUUUCCAACAACCCUGCCGGCAACUCCGUUGUCUCGGCCACUGACUCGAAACAGAAGCAGGCCGAUGUCGACCGCUCGAUGCGCUUCUUUGGCGUCAUCCAGGCUUUCCGCGAGGGUCGCUACCCCGACAACGCGCAGAUCGACGACACGCUCAAGUACACGCUCGCUAAUAGCCCCGUCGACACCAGCAAGCUCUCCCCCGAUGGAAAGAAGCUGAUUCAGGACAUCCGCGAGCUCAUCGAGACCGCCCGCCAGGUGGUCGUCAACAAGAACGGCGAGGAGGAGUUCCAGAACUUCCUCUACGCUACCCGCAAGGCCGAUGUCGCCAACAACGUCAACGUCAAGGCUCCCAUCACGGGCGCCGACGCCAAGAAGGAUGGCGAGACCGCCGCCGAGGCCCUGCGCACCCUCGUCACCCUCUUCCUCCGCAACGGCGAGCUCCGCAAGAUCGUCCAGGACCUCGGCUUCAUCGGCCGCGACAUGUUCGCCGACGGUGCUGCCAAGGCCGCUGAGGCCGCCCGCCCCGACGAGGAGAAGCUCAACAGCGUCGACCAGCCCGCUCCGGACAACGAGUUCCACGACGACAUUCCUGAUCUGCUCAAGAAGAAGGAAGAGGCCAAGGGCGACGCCCAGGCUACCGCCGAGCAGGCCAAAUCCGAGGGUGCCUCCCACGCCCAGGACGUCCAGAACGCCGUCGACCCCAACGCCAGCAACGAGCAGAACAAGGCUGCCGUUGCUGAGGUUGCCAAGCAGAAGGCCCAGCUGCUCGCCGACAAGAUCCCCCAGAAGCACAAGGACCUCGCCAAGGAGCAGUCCGAGAAGGCUCAGAACUACCUCAAGGAGAAGUUCCCCGAGGAGCGCCGCGACCAGUUCUACUACCGCCUCAAGAAGGUCGUCGUCGAGUGCCAGCGUCACAAGGACUACCAAGACGCCAUGGACCACUUCCUCAACUUCUUUGAGCAGUACAAGGGUCACGCUACCCACAUUGCUGACCAGUCGGCUCAGAGCGCCCAGAACGUUCGCUCCGAGGGCAAUGUUGCUACCGCCGAGACCACUUUCCGUCGUCUGAUCGAGCGCUUCGCCAACGGUGCUCCCACCCAGCCCAUCAUCGACGCCGUCAACCAGAUCUACACCGACGUCGCCAACGACCCCGAGCUCAAGCAGUGGUUCAGCCGCCUCGACACCUACGUUCGCAAGUGUCUCCAGGAGCCCGGUUUCAUCAUGAAGGAUGAGGCCAACACCCAGGCGCGCCAGCUCACCGAGUCCGGCAAGAAGUUCUUCGUCGCUGCCGAAGGCCGCGACCAGGGCAAGUACGUUCCCCACAAGGACGCUCUUUUCCGCGAGGUGACCCACUUUGCCAAGGCCAUGAACGCCGACCCGCUUAACCGCAAGCUCGGCGACAACGUCCAGCAGAUCACCAAGGACCUCUUCCUCAACUCGGAGGGUGGCCUCACCUUCAAGCCUCACCUCUGGAGCGACAUCCGCGACCCCAUCCUCCCCGAGCUGCUCAGCCACGUCGGCCUUGUUCCCCUGCCCCGUAUCGAGUACACCGACAAGCAGGUCGACCUGGUCAUUGAGAACCUCGCCAUUGACCUGCUCAACAUCCUCCCCUCGCAGACCGAGAUGGAUAUCCGCAACCACUUCCAGCUCUCGCAGUUUGACAAGCUCGGUGACAGGCACCAGCACUCGUUCAAGCUCACGCUCCACCAGAUCCAGACCGACAUGCGCGAUGUCCACUUCUUCUUCAAAAAGAAGAUGGGCUUCCCCAAGCUCAACGAGCGCGGUACCGCCGACGUCUUCUUGGGUGGCAAGGGUCUCACUGUGACCGUUCACCUCGAGGCCGAGAACGCUCCUCGCGGCAGGAAGGCUCGCCACAUCUUCACCGUCAAGCAGGUGGUCGCCAAGGUGGACAAGCUCAAGUUUGCCAUCCGCGACAGCAAGCACGACACGCUCAUCAAGGUGCUGCGACCCCUCGCCACCGGUAUUAUCAAGAAGGCCAUCUCCAAGGCCGCCGAGCAGGGCAUUCGCAACGGUCUCGAGGACCUCGACCGUCAGCUCAUUGAGCUGCGCGACCGUAUCGAGCGCAACAAGCAGAUCGAGGGCAAGGGUGUCGGUGACGCUUUCAAGGACACCUUCGCCAAGAACAAGGACGAGAGCAAGCCGAGCGAUGGUACCUUCAAGCUCGCCACCUCAAAGCGCAACUCGAUCCUUCCCAACCUCGGCCACCCCGAUGGAUGGGUGCAGAAGAUCGACGAGAAGGACGCUGCCGCCAAGGCCGCUCCCGCCAACGCCAGCAAGGCGUGGUACUCGCCUGCCUUUACCAUUGUGCAGCCCGGCCAGAAGGACCCUCGCAACACCGCUUCGGCCAAGAGCCAGAACCUCGGCCCCUCGCCUAGCAGCGCCGGUGCUGGUGCUGCUGGUGCUGCUGGUGCCGGUGCUGCUGCUGGUGCUGCCGGCCUUGCUGGCGCUGGUGCUGCUGCUGCUGGUGUGCAGAGCGUAUCGAACGCUGCUGCCCAGGGCGCUGGCCAGCCCGGCCAGACCGCCUCGGCCUACUCGACUCAGAACGGCACCCACGCCCCCGGUGCUAUCGUUGCCGGCACGGGUGCCACUGCCAUCAACGCGCCCGGCACCACGGCUGCUGCUCACGACGAGUCGUUGACGGCCAAGGCUGCGCCUGCGAUCAGCGGCGCCGAGAUCUCGCAGCCAGCACAGCCCGUCAACCCUGCUUACGAGCAGGGCCGCAUUGGCUAA